AUGGGACGCCUAUCAAAACGUGCUCUAAAAAACAAAGAAGCCAAGACACGGGCCCGUGACAAUGAAAGUUUUCGUGUACAAGAACUUGAAAAUAAUAAAUUAAGAAAACGGUUAUAUCUUGCUUCACAAGAUGUUACAAAUCAAAGAAAAAUUCUUAAUUUGAAAUGUACAAAAAAACGACUACUAGAUCCGGUGAAUAAAUUAAAAAACCAGAUUACCAGUCGUAAAACUAUGUUGAAACGAUUGCAAGAUCCGGUGAAUAGAAAAAAACACCAGAUCGCUUGUCGGAAAAAUAUGGACAAACGAUUGCAAGAUCCGGCGAAUAAACUUAAAAACCAGAUCACCAGUCGUUUAAACAUGGACAAACGAUUGCAAGAUCCGGCGAAUAAAGUUAAAAACCAGAUUGCAAGUGAAAUAAACAGAUCAAAAAGACUGGAAAAUUCAGUUUUCAAAAACACAUAUCAAAAAAAGAACGCCCAAAAUAUGAAAAAGAGAAGAAUACCGUCUGAUAGUAGUCUUCGGCAAAAUAUAUCUAGUAAAAGAAAAACACCAAAUUCUAUAUCAUAUAAAAGAAGAGAACGGCAGAAAUUAAAUGAAACCAGGCAGAGGGAAGAUGUUUUAAUUUCUGAAUAUAUUUUGAAAAGGUCACAAGGUUUAUCAGAAAAAUGUUAUUCGUGCCAUCGAUUACGUUUCCCGUCCAGUGUCAAUAAGUGCAACUCCGAUCUCUUCAGGCGAUUAGGGAUGUCAAUUCCAAGUGAUGCCAAGAGUAGUGUACAGGUAUGCACAAGUUGUCAUCCGCAUAUGAAGAAAUCAAAAAUUCCUCCAUUGUACAUAGGAAAUGGUUUUGAGUUGAACAGUGUUCCACCUUCAGUUACUCAACUAAAUCAAAUUGAAAAGCAGAUGGUUUCACUUAGGUUACCGUUUAUGAAAAUAUUCAAAUGUCUCCGCAGUGAUGGACAGCUAAAAAUCAAAGGCAAUGUUAUCAAUGUUCCAAUAGAUCUCACCAAGACUACAUCUAUUUUGCCCAGACGUGCCGAAAAUUUAGCUGCAAUUAAGAUGAUGAAAGUUAAAUUGAAAAGAAAAUCAUGUUUUAAACAACAUUAUCUUUAUCGAAAUGUAAGACCAUCGUUAGUAGUAGCAGCGUUGAAUGAUUUGAUUAAAAAACCACUGUAUAAAGAUGCCGAAAUAGACAGAGAUUGGUUGGCUCAUGUCACAGAAACCACCAAGGGUUUGGAAAAUGGUUCGGAUCUUGAAAGCGAAGGAACUGACGAUGAAGAUACAAAUAUCGAGCCAAUCAAUCCGGGACAAAUGGACACGAUGAUUGAAAACUGUGAUUUUGUGUCUUUUGCUCCAGGUGAAGGCAUGACACCGUUGUCUAUUCUCAUCGAUGAUCACGCGGAAGAAAAAGCUUUUCCCGACUUGUUUGGAGGACAUCCACGCACUAAUAAAUCACCUCUAAAGAAUUAUUCAAAAGUGGUACGAUCUGAACUGCUUAAUGUAGAUCGAAGAUUUGCAUCUGACUCUUCAAACAUAUUUUUUAAAUGCAAAGUAUUAGUUCAAAAAGUAAUCGCUAGUAAUGUGCAAAUUGUUUUACGAAAAAACAAAAAAGGAAACACAACUGCCAAUGACGUAGCAAAUCCAGAAGUCUUGAAUAAAAUGAUAGAUAACGAUCAAGGAUACCGAAUGCUACACAACGUACAAAAUUCACCAUCAUAUCUAGCUGCAAUGAGGAAAAACGUUUUUGCUAUGGUGCGUCAAGAAGGUCAACCGACAUUAUUCCUAACAUUUAGUCCUAGUGAAUCAACUUGGAUUGAUUUAUUGAAGAUUCUAUACAAGCUACGUUACUCCAAAACAUUAUCUGAUGAUAUUGAACUAACUUAUGCUCAAAAAUCAGAUUUAAUUCGACAAGAUCCUGUUGUUUGUGCUACUUAUUUUGAUCACAGGUUUAGAGCACUGUUCAAAUUGAUUAAAUCCAAAAAUGUAAUUUUCAAAGAUCACAUUGUUAAACAUUUCUUUUAUCGGGUCGAAUACCAACACAGAGGAAGUCCACAUGUACAUAUGUUAUUGUGGUUAGACAAUGCACCUGUUUUCGACCCAGCCAAACCGGAGACUUUUGGUGCGUGUGUAGCGCUAAUUGACAAAUACAUCAAGUGUAUGGUAGACGAUAGCAGUCCUGCCCAUGAGUAUUUACAUAAAAAUACUCAUAAACAUACACACACUUGUUACAGGACUGACAAAGAUAAACAAAUGAAAAAGUGUCGCUUUAACAUAUCAUAUCCACCAAUGAAUGAAACCUGCAUAUUGACUCCGCUAACAGCUGACAACAGUAAUGUAAUCACAAGACAAAUUCGUAUAAAACAAUAUGAAAAACUUUUGCAAUAUCUCAGAGACUUCAAGGACGGUGACACAUCUUCAGAUCCGUCGUUAGAAGAUAUUUUACAAAAAUUAUCAAUAGCAGAUGUUAAUGAAUAUAAAUCCAUUAUUCGAACUGUUAUUAAACGGCCGACAGUUUUCCUUAAACGAAGCAUAAAACAAAGAAUGAUUUCUGGAUUCAAUGAGGAACUAUUUCCGCUGUGGCAAUCUAACAUGGACAUACAGUUUAUAUUGGAUGUUUACUCUUGUGUCAGAUAUGUAAUCGAGUAUAUUGGAAAAAGCCAACGUGGAAUAUCAAAAUUAAUGAGAGACAUUGUCGAAAAUCUCAAAACUUCCACUGAUAUACCUGUCAAAGAGCAACUGAAAAGGAUAGCUUCGACGUUUUCGGGGAGUCAGGAAAUUUCUGCACAGGAAGCAGUGUACACUUGCUUAGGUAUGAAGCAAUGCAAUACGUCAACUGGGUAUACAUUUAUAAACACCAGCCAUCCGGAUAAGAGAACUCGAAUGUUGAAACCAAUGGCAGUAAGAGGAGAAAUGGAUCCACAAUCCGAUGACAUUUUCUACGAUGGUCUAAUUGAAUACUAUUCGUCUAGACCUUAUAGUCUUGAAGAAAUAACUUUGGCUGAAUUUGGAGCCAAUUAUGAAGUUCGUAGUAAAAAAAAACCUGCUAAAAACAAUUCUGACUCGGACACUGAUAUUGAAGAAGAAACCACUUAUUCGAUUAACUCCACGCUAAUCGGAAAACCAAACAAAUGUAUACAUAAACGUAAAAUAAGAAAAAUCAUACGGUAUGUAAGGUUCAAUGUGGAUAAAAAUGAACAAGACUUUUACAGAGAAAAUGUUAUGUUAUUUUUACCAUGGCGCGAUGAAACAGUUGAUUUAUUAAAUAUCAACUGUAAACAAGUGUAUGAAACAAACAUUGAUCGAAUAAAAGACUUGUACCAACAGUUUAAUAAAGUCGAAGAAAACCAAUUAGACAAUGAUGAAAACCAAAUAGAAGCUGAGCAAGGCCAUAACAAUAAUCUGGUUCAAGACGAUGAAGAUUGGGUGCCAGACGAUGUACUCAUAAAUGAUGUCGGAGAUUAUGUAGAAACUACAAAUACUCCAGAUGUUGAUAAACCUAAAGAUGGUGGAAAUAUAAGAGUGCACCUAAUUGACAAUGAACAGUUCAAUGGCCUAAUCAGAUGUUUAAACGACGGUCAACGCCAACUCUUGUAUCAUACCACUCAUAUCAUAAGAAGACAAAUAUGGGGCAGAGAUAAUCCUGCGAUAAAGGCGUUUGUCACUGGACCAGCGGGAGCUGGUAAAUCAAUGCUUAUACGAGCGUUAGCACAGUCUGUAAUUCGCAUAGCAAAUCUUAGACCAGAUAUAGACGAUUUAUCACUUCCACCAGUAUUACUCACAGCACCAACAGGUAAAGCUGCCUAUGGAAUAAGAGGUUUAACACUUCAUUCUGCGUUCAAACUCCCAUUGAAUCAAUUUGCCGGGUUGUUACCAAAAUUGAGUUCAGAUAUUUCAAAUACACUACGUUGUCAAUUCGCCAACGUUAAGCUAUUGAUAAUUGAUGAAAUUUCCAUGGUCGGCAUAAAAACACUGGGAUAUAUUGAUCAGCGAUUGAGGUCUGUUCUAAGAAUAAAUAAACCCUUUGGUGACAUAAAUAUCAUAGUGUUUGGUGAUUUCUUUCAAUUACCACCGGUAUUGUCAACACCACUGUACGACAGCUUUGAAGAAAUACUGUCUAAAUAUCCAAGUGCGGUAGAAAUCUUAUCAAUUAAAUCUAUUUGGGAAACAUUCAAGUUUUACGAAUUGACUGAAAUAAUGCGCCAAAAAGAUGACAAACAAUUUGCAAUAAUGUUAACAAAGUUGGCCAGAGGACAGUUGGAGGAAGCUGAUGUGAAAUAUUUCCAAAAUCUUAUAACCCAGUUAGACGUUACUUUUCAACCACAAGUAAUGCACCUCUGGGCUACUAACAACGAAGUCGACGAAAUGACCAGAAGAGUGCUUAGCUCUAUGAAUCAAGUGGGUUUCAUUUCUGAAGCAAUUGAUACGUCCGCCAAACGACAGGAUAUUGAAUCUGCCAAGAAAAUGCCACGACAAAAAACUAUGGGAUUACCUUUAAGAUUAGUUUUAAAAGAAACAGCCAAGUAUAUGGUGAUAGCAAACAUUUCAACCGAAGACGGCAUAGUCAACGGUGCCAUUGGAGACCUCAUGCAAAUAAACAAAGGACAAACUGUAGGAGGUAAAGAAGUUGCUAAAAGAGUUUGGAUCAAGUUCGAUGAACCAGAAGUGGGGUCAAUGACUAGACAGCAGAUUAAAAACAAACUGAAACCUGAAGGCGAACACACAGACGAUAUGUGCAAGUGGACACCAAUUGAAAUCACAAAAUUAGAAUUUCAAUUGGGUAAUGCAGAGCACCAUAAAGUAACGAGAAUGCAAUUGCCCUUGGUGGAAGCUCUGGCAUUGACGGUACACAAAAGCCAAGGCGCUACGUAUAAAUCCGUAGCAUUUCAUAUACCCAAAAAGUACUUGAAAUGCAAUAUGUUGUACGUUGGAUGUAGCCGAGCAACUUCAGCCCAAGGUUUGCGAAUAGACCACUUUCCUGCAAAGCCACCAAAACCUUCAUCAAAAGUUGAACAUGAGAUGUCCAGGCUUAGGACACCAAGUUGUGCCCUAAAUCCACGGUUUUCUAGAAUUAUGAAAGACGACAAGCCACUAACAUGUAUGUCACAUAAUAUAAGGUCGUUAAAAAAAUAUGAAGAUCAUAUUAAUGCGGACAUCAUUCUUUUGCGAUCUCAACUAAUGUUUUUCCAAGAAACCGGUUCAAAAUCAACAGACACAUAUAACAUUAAGAACCAUAUAGAAUGCUGUAGAAUAGACAGUAUACAUGCCAAUGGCAAGAGUGGUUCGAUUUGUUUUGUUGAAGAAUCUAUUCAAAAUAAGGAAAUAACUAGCAAUUCAACAUUAAUCCACGACAAAAAAACACGCACUCACCUAGAAGCAAUUGAAGUAUUCGUUGAAAAUAUAACCUAUAUUGGGAUUAAGGUAGUUGAAGCUAAAACUAAAUCAACUGAGGUCCUCAAUAAUGUUAACUUUGAUGAUAUUGAAUUCAUUCAUGUCGAUGAUUGUACCAUCAUGGUUCCAGAAAACUUUCAAAAAAUAAUACCAAAGAUCGAAAAUCCAGUAAGCAUAAUAUUAGGUGGUAUUUGUGGCUUCACAAAUAUUGACAAUGUCUCGUGUUAUGCUAAUUCUGUCAUGCAGGUACUUUUCCAUUGUGAAUCCCUUGUAAACCAAAUUCACAAUAAUGAACUUGGACCGACACUUAAACAAUGCCUGGACGAAUAUAGUGACAACAGUAUCUCAUCUAAUACUCGAACAGUCAGAGAAUAUUUGGACAACGAGACAAUAUUUUAUACUCUGCAAGAACAACAAGAUUGUGUACAAUUUUUAGAAGCACUUAUGAACCGUAACAGACACACAUUUGAUUCAUUAUUUGGAUUUCAAGAAGUGUAUAACACUCGUUGCAAUUUGUGCAGUCAUACAACAACCAGUGAUGCACCAACCAGCUUGAUCCUACAUUUGGAUAUUCCACAAGACAGAUCACAAAAUCUGGAAACAUUAUUGUCAACCGAUCAAAAUGUAUGGUCUAGCAUAUCAGACUACAGAUGCAACAAUUGUAAUAACAUUGGAGGUUAUGAAAGUAAACAUCAGAUAACAUUAGCCCAUGAAUAUAUAAUAAUUCAAUUAAAAUUAUUUACUACGACCUUCGUAAACGAACAAUUUGUUUCCAACAAGAUAACCAAUUUAAAACUAAGCGGUGUACCGUCUAGUAUUUUACAAAUUGCUGGAGCGCGUUACAAACCUCAUGCUGCCAUACUACACAUUGGUCAAAACACGAACUCUGGCCAUUAUAUAGCAUAUCUGAAACAAGCACAUUCUAAUUGGGUUUCCGCCAAUGACACAACAAUUACUGAAAAAAGGUGGCCGAAUAACAGCAAAGAUGUGUAUGUUAUCAUUCUAAAAAAAAUAUAA